AUGGUUCUCAGUUCAAGUUUAUGGCCAUUUUAUGCAUUAUCAAAUAUUAUAAUACCAAUUGAACCUAAAAAAGCAUUUGACAAUUUCACGAAGUUUUAUAUAGAACAACAUAAUGCACGUAAAUUAAUAUGGCUUCAUCAACACUCCGAAGGAGAUUUACAAAUAUUGUACACUGACAAAAACUAUAAUCUACAUGUAUCACUAUAUCAAAUGAAUAUUUUACUUCUAUUUAAUAAACUUUCAAGUCGGACAGUUGAACAAAUUCAAGAUGAAACAUAA